UCGAUCGAGAAUAUUCGUCUUCCUUCGCUCUAACCGCGAGAGGUUAUAAAUAUGACGGUUUGUAGGGUCUUCCCACGAUAAGGAAAAUAAACUUUCACGGAUCCUUAAAGGUUACAUAAUUGUGAAAACCACAACAGUUUGUGUGAAUAGUACGAACAUAGCUAUUUAUUUUGCAGCAUUGUAAAAAAUGGCGAGAAAAGCUCCAGCAAUCGGAAUAGAUUUGGGAACAACAUAUUCAUGUGUUGGUGUUUUUGAGAACGGUAAAGUCGAGAUUAUUGCCAACGAUCAGGGCAACAGGACAACACCUAGCUAUGUUGCUUUUACAGAAACCGAAAGGUUGAUAGGAGAUGCUGCCAAAAACCAAGUUGCAAUGAACCCGAAAAAUACAGUAUUCGAUGCAAAGCGCCUAAUUGGACGGCGAUUCAAUGAUUCCUCGAUUCAAGCAGAUAUGAAGCAUUGGCCGUUCACUGUCGUAAACAUUGGGGCAAAGCCCAAAAUUAAAAUAGAUUAUGCCGGAGAAGAAAAAACAUUUACCCCAGAAGAAAUCAGCUCUAUGGUCUUGACAAAAAUGAAAGAAACCGCAGAGGCAUACAUUGGUAAGAAAUUAACGGAUGCAGUCAUUACUGUACCGGCAUACUUCAACGAUUCCCAGAGACAGGCCACGAAAGAUGCAGGUGUCAUUGCUGGAAUUAACGUCUUAAGGAUUAUCAAUGAACCCACGGCUGCUGCACUAGCCUAUGGCCUCGACAAAAAGCUGGGUGGAGAAAAAAACAUCUUGAUCUUCGAUUUAGGAGGAGGAACUUUCGAUGUUUCGAUUCUGACGAUAGAUGAAGGCGUAUUCGAGGUACGCUCAACAGCAGGUGACACUCAUCUUGGUGGUGAGGACUUUGAUAACAGACUAGUAGAUCAUCUAGCAUCCGAAUUUAAGAGGAAAUACAAGAAAGACAUGAAAAACAACCCCAGAGCAAUUCGCAGACUUCGAACAGCAGCAGAGAGGGCCAAGCGAACAUUGUCAAGCAGUACGCAGGCCAGUAUUGAAGUUGAUUCUCUUUUUGAAGGCAUCGACUUUUACACAUCCAUCACUAGAGCUAGGUUUGAAGAGCUUUGCUCAGACCUGUUCCGCAAAUGUUUAGAGCCAGUCGAGAAAGCUCUCAGCGAUGCUAAGUUAGAUAAAGCCGGGAUUCAUGAAGUGGUGUUGGUAGGUGGUUCUACAAGAAUCCCUAAAAUACAGAAACUUCUUCAAGAUUUCUUGAACGGAAAGGCUUUGAAUAAAUCCAUAAAUCCGGAUGAAGCUGUUGCUUAUGGUGCAGCGGUUCAGGCAGCCAUCUUAUCUGGAGUGGAUAAUGAUGCCGUCAAAGAUGUAUUGCUGGUGGACGUGGCACCUUUAUCACUUGGCAUUGAAACUGCUGGAGGUGUCAUGUCAAACUUGAUAAAGAGAAACUCUCGCAUCCCAACGAAGGCAUCAGAAACUUUCUCAACUUACUCUGACAACCAAACUGCAGUUUCUAUUCAGGUAUUUGAAGGAGAAAGGGCGAUGACUAAAGACAACAACCGCCUUGGAACUUUUGAUCUAUCUGGCAUUCCUCCUGCCCCGAGAGGGGUGCCAAAGAUUGAAGUGACAUUCGACAUUGACGCAAACGGUAUCAUGAAUGUGUCUGCGAAGGACGUCGGAACAGGAAAGACCAGUAGCGUCACAAUUACCAAUGACAAAGGACGUUUAUCAAAGGCAGACAUCGAAAGAAUGGUCAACGAAGCAGAGGCAUUCAAGGCUGAGGAUGAUAUCCAGCGUGAAAGAAUCGCAGCCAGAAACAAUCUCGAAGGAUACACUUACAAUAUCAAAUCCACGAUAGAAGAUCCUGCCAUCGCCAGCAAGAUAAGUAGUACGGACAAGACUACCAUUGAGAAUGCAGUGAAGGAUGCUAUUGCGUGGCUGGACAGCAACAACCUAGCAUCUAAAGACGAAUUUGAUUACAGGCUAAAGGAGCUCCAGAAUGUAUGUUCACCAAUUAUGUCUAAGCUUCAUAGUGCUGCCGGACCAGGAGGUACAUCACAAGAUUCAAACACAGGGCCAACUGUGGAAGAAGUAGACUAAAAUUUUAAAGAUAAAACUAACGUUAUUAGUAAACUGGUGAAUACCGGUGAUUAACUAUAAUUUUGCAGAAUUUUAGGGCCAACGUUCUGAAUUCGAGAAAAUCUAAGUUUUCUGUCGUGUCCACACUUCACAAGUUCAUUCGAUAAGAUAGAGAUUUGACAUCUAUGAUUUUUGUAAAAUGAUAAAUAUUUAAAAAAAACAAAAAAAACAAACUACCAUUCAACUAGGCUUAGUUUUCUAGUAGUUGGUGUGUUAUUAUUAAAAUAUUAAUAGUUGUUAUACUAUUUAUUUUGUUUAAAGUUCGCAUGCUUAUCAUGGAUAUUCCCAAUUUCCUAUUCUCACAGUAGUGGUUUAGUUAUAUUUUAAUAGUAACCUAAAAAUAAAAUAUAUUGCAUUAAAAAUAUGCAUUAAUCCUAAAUUUACGAUUGGUUGUGUUAAAGCAUAAUGGCUAAUUAUAAUAAUGAGUAGAUUUUAAGUAGAAAAUGUGUUAAUGUUCAUAGUUUAAUGCAUGUUUUAAAGUUUUCUUGCUAUUUCAAUAAAUACUUUAAUGCAAAAUGUUAUAGAUUAUUUACGAUUGGUAUGCGUUAAAACCUAAUGUAUGUCUAAUUGUAGAAUAAUGAGUAUUUUAGUAGAGAUUGUGUUAAUGUUAUAAGGUUAAUAUAUUUUUUGCAUCUUUUUAUGUUUUUAUAUUAAAGCUCAUUUUUCUAUGCAAAGUGUUGAUGUUUAUUUCUUCAGCAAAGUUAUCAAUAAAGUUCUAGUGAAGA